ACUGCGCGUUUCCCCCCUCUCGCGAGAGUGGUGCACGUCGGGUAACGGAGCGCCUCUCGCGCGGACGCGCUUCCCCGAGUUGAUCGUAGUCUGCGCUCGCCGAACUUGUCGGGUGCUCCGUCGACUGCUUCUUCUCCGGCCGAUCGCCGGACGGCCCAUGUGACUUCGCCCGUGUCCAGUUUGGCACGCACGUGUUCGUCGUUCGUUGUUGUUGUGGUGGCGGUGUUCGGAUCUGACGACGGGUGCUGACCUCGGUGUGGUUCUGGCCUUGGAGCACGCCGCGUGGUGCUCGAGUGACGAAGCGGCGAAACGCUGCGGUGGUGCUUGCCAGUGCAAUUCCGGGUGGUUUAGUUUCUUCCCCGUGGGCCGACAAGCUGCCAAAAUUCGUGUCAAAAACCGCAUCCCGCUUCCAGCCUUCCGGAUGGAACACGAGUCGGACGACAUGGAUGGUAGCAUGUCGAACCCAGAGGAAGAGGACUUGAACGAGUCCGAGUACGGGGGCUCGGGCGAUGACGACGACGAGAGGAGGACGCCGCUUGAAGGGGACCUCAGCAACGACGCCAGCGACCCCCAGCAGGACAUCUUGUCACGGUACCACCACAACAACAACAGCAGCACAACCAACAACAAUAACAACAACAGCAGCAGUGGCGGCGGGGUGCGGAGAACGGACGGCGGGAGUCCGUUGGCGCUGAACAACAGCAACCACGGCAGCACACCUCCGAGUAGCAACGGUUCCAUGCCAAGUCUGCUGGACCACCGAAUCCCGGCGCCCAACGUCGUGGUGACGUCGACGGCGGGACUGGCGUUGCAGGGUGCCAUCUCGCUGAGUUCGACUCCCCUGCGGCCCCUGCAGCCUCCGGGCGCCCCCUUGCUGCCGGCCCCCAUGUCCCUCCCGCUGCCCCUAGCCGUGUCCCAGGGCCCCCUGUUCAGUCUCGCCACGCCGCCGCCACACAUGAUGCACCUGCCCCCUACGCUCACGCCGCACUCGACUGUCUCCACGCAGGACCUGAGCAAGUACGCCAGCUUCGAGGAACAGUACGGAAAGCACGGCAAGUCCACGGAAUUCAGUCGAGAUUUCAAAGUUAGUCCCAGUUCAAAAUCGUCGCGGUCCAGUCGAGGUGAUACCAAUGGCCGCGUCAGCAUGGACGACAUUAGCAAGCUGUACGAGUUAAGUGACGACCCCAAGCGGAAGGAAUUCCUGGACGACCUCUUCACCUUCAUGCAGAAACGAGGGACCCCGGUGAACAGGAUCCCGAUCAUGGCUAAGCAGGUGCUCGACCUGUACGAGCUGUACCGCCUUGUGGUGUCCAGGGGAGGCCUCGUCGAGGUCAUCAACAAGAAGAUCUGGCGGGAGAUCACCAAGGGACUCAACCUGCCCUCGUCCAUCACCUCGGCGGCCUUCACGCUGCGGACACAGUACAUGAAGUACCUGUACCCGUACGAGUGCGAGAAGGAGAAAUUGAGCCAGCCGGACGAGCUGCAGGCAGCCAUCGACGGGAACCGGCGCGAGGGCCGGCGCUCUAGCUAUAGCCACUACGCCGAGAUGAUGUCGACGGCCCGCAGCCAGCACUCGUCGCCCAUCAGCCUGGUGUGCCGGCAGGCCAACGGACACUCGUCCACGCCGCACCAGGGGGCGCCGUCUUCCGGAGAGGAGGACAACAGUCUAUCGCUGUCCUUGUACGUGCCCCAGCAGCAAGAGGCCCUCAAUUUGGAAGUUCCUCGAGGGGAUCACAAGCCCCUGGAUCCAAGGAGGCUCUUGGACGAGCCCCUCUUGAAUGGACCCCCCUCAAAGCGAUUUCUCUCCUCCGAAGAGGAGCGAAUCCUCUCCCACACGGCACAGAUGCCCACCACACACAUUAAGCUCACUAGCAGAGGGGACGGACGAAGUCAAGUGGACAGUUCGAUGGUGGUGACGAUGGAGAUCAACGGCAUCAUGUAUCAAGGAGUCCUAUUUGCCCAAGCACACCGAAGCCGCCUCUCCUAGGGAAAAGAAAAGACGAUGAAAAUUACUGCGCGAGCCCGGGCAGCACGCUCGCCCCCUGUGGGACUGAAUAGACGAGAAAACAGUGACAAAACAUCCAACCAAAAAUGAAAGUGUGUGUUUGUGAGAAAAUAAGGUAAGGAGGGAGCCUUUUCUUCUUUUUUUUUUUUGCCUCCUCUCCUUGCUUGUUACAAUGGCAAUACUGAUCUCGAAACUACUAGAAAUUUCACCGUCUCUUUUUUUACUCUCUGUCUGUUUCCUCUUUUUUCUUGACCUAUUAUUCUGCACGAUGCCGUGUCCCAUUGACGUCCGCUUUCUCUACGCAUUUCCGUCUUUUGCCGAACGCCCUAAAAGAUAGUUUUCGUCUUUUACCCUCCCGCAUUUCAGCCGCGUCGUAAUCGAGCUUUGCUCAUUUCCUUUGGAGAGGAGCCCUUUUUGCUGGUUUUCGACGUCACUGCACUUGUGUUCAGCGUUGCCUUUCCUUGCGUUUCUUCUUUUUAUGGACCCCUUUUAUUUCUUGUCGUAACCCUUUUUAAAACCAAAUCCGUCUCAUCUCACUCAUUUUAUAAAUGUGCUUUUAUAUUUAAGAAAGUAGCCUUCUUUGCAAUUUUCUCCUCGCUUUCUUUCCAAUUGGACGCCGGACUGGACAGGCCUUGCCUGUCCAGCGUCCCCACCUGCAAAGUCGGGCCUCUUCGAAACGCAGUGUUCCUCGUCUGACGAGCAUGAAAGGGCUGUUGCAUGACAACCAUCCCGAUCUCUUUAACAUCAUCACACAUGUGUGCCUGGGUGUGUGUGCGUUUGUUUCUCAAAACGUGCCUUUUUGGAGCUCAUUGUUUACAUUCUUUUCUGUGGACGCACGCAGUGCAAUCGGUGUUUGUGCAAACCCGAGGACGUUCUGUCUUCUCCUCUCUGCCGAGAUUCGUUUGUUGUCAGAAUCGUCUGCAACGCAAUAGAAGCUGAUUGGUUUUCUUUUCUUUUUUCACCGUCAUGGGACCUUUUCUUGAAUUCGGCAAACUCGUGUUGGGGCCUCGACCCCCUAAUUUUAGGGUUGUCACGGUGGAUGCUCCAACAAAAGAGGAAAUGUGAUAACACCGGGCCACACAAAGUAGCGGAGGUACACACUCCUCUCGAAAUUUUGACCACUCAAAUAGCAUAAUGUAAAAACAGUACAGAAGAUGAUGGACAAAGAAUAAGAACUGACGAGACACAGCGUCGUCUUUAGCUUUGUACUAAAGAUAGUUAUGUGGCGGAGGGGACAAAACGCUUUGUGGCAGAGUGGACAAUAACUUUGUGUUGGAGUGAACGAUAGGUUUGUUGCAGCAUGGACAAAACAAAUAAACAUACACUUGAUAAAAAAAAAUAACAAAAAAAAAGUGCCCGUGGUGAAGAUUUCCAAAGCAUCACAAAAGCAAACAUACUAUACCAGGCAGCACUUUGCUGCUUGGGCACUUCCAAUAGGAAUCUCAGGGAAUUCUUGUCUUGCAACACUCGGCUGUUUGUACUCACCUUAAUAUCUUCUAGGUGUUUCAGAACUCCAAGGCGGAAAGAAACAGACUUGUGUUGUGGGCAUCUAGAGACCAAAUUUUACUGUUUGUCUACAUGAGCGAAGUUAAGAGAAUGCGUCGCCUCGUUGCCCCAGGGGAGGCUAUUUGCAACGUGCAACAUUUUGAAUGUGUUGACUUUUUACGCGAUAUAUACGAGUGUGCGCGUGCCUGUGUACAUCUGCACAUGUGCACGGUUUUGUCAGCGGUGCUUGCUCUCGAGUGCAUUUCUCCUUGUAAUGCAAAACGCAGUGGCGUGCGUGUGUAAUAAUAUUUGUUUUCUAAUUGUUUGUUUUCUCCUAUUUAAGUGUGAGUCAUUUUUCUCCCGUCAUUUCACUCUGGUUUACACCAUUGCACAAUCAGUAAUAAACCGGGGGGCGGUGGUUUGCACCUCGAGGAUCGAUCCGUCCAAAGGUUUGGUGUGUGUGCAUGUUCAGAGAAGACGACAUAUCUAUAGUAGCCCUCAUCUCUCCCAGUUUGUGUACAUAAUUUCAGGUCAAGGGUGGCGCCGAGGGCCGUGCCUCGCUUACUCUGCGUGCGUUUGUUUUUUUAGGAAGCAGAGGGGAGAGAGCUAAUGUUUAAAAAAAAUGACUGCGACCCACCAUAUUUAUGUAUUCUAUGCUGCCUUUUUUGAGCCACAUCAAAUGUUUCCGUUCAUCUGGUGCAAUUUUUCGUGUCCCUUCACACAUCCUAGCGGUCCUGUCCAGAAUCGGAGACUCUCCCUAGCUGCCGUAAAAUGGACCUUAUAGUUGUGAAGGCUGGGGUAGGUUUUAGGCACAGAAGCUGGUUCUAGAAUUCCACAAUUCUGCUAGUCACUGUGGAAUCUUCUUUUUUUUUAACAACUAUUCUACAGAAUUAGCUGCACGUACAGAUCUUUACAAGACUGGAAAUCAAAUCGUUUAUAAUUAUUAUAAUUAUUAUUAUUAUUUUGGUUUUCACCGUGUCUUCCAGAAUGGUUCUCUUCGGCUUCUGUCAUUUGGCUGAAGGAUGUCAUUUGCGUUGUUUCUCCUUACAAAGUUUUGUGUGCGGAAGCAACCUCGCGUUCUUUGUAGGAGAGUACCCUGCACACUCAGAAAAGAGGGAAGGCCACAAGUAGCUCUCAGUGAAGUGUACUACUCUAGAAUCAGAUCUAUGGGGCAUUAGAACUCCCGCAUCUCCUUCAAAAAACACGUGUUUGUGAUGAGUUUUUAAUGUUUUUUUUAUUAUCAGUUUCAUCUCAGAACCCCUUUCUUUCAUACCAUAUAUUAUAUUCCCUUCCCGUUUUUGUUUCAGAAUUGAAGGGAAGUUGCCCCAUUGUGUUUGUUCAUGAUAUCUGUCUGCUCUUAUAUAGUGUUAUUUAGCUUGUACAAAUAAAAACGGAAGCUUUUUGAGAAAAAA